CCAAGUCCGUCAUCGCAGCAAGGGCUCAGCUGAAGGCUGCCCUAGGCGUCUGGAGUGAGGAUGCAGCAAGGAAUGAAUGCCCUUCAUGACUUUGGGAUCCAGUCAACGCACUACCUCCAGGUGAAUUACCAGGACUCUCAGGAUUGGUUCAUCUUGGUGUCCAUGAUCGCAGACCUCAGGAACGCCUUCUAUGUCCUCUUCCCCAUCUGGUUCCAUCUCCGUGAAGCUGUGGGCAUCAAGCUCCUCUGGGUAGCGGUGAUUGGAGACUGGCUCAACCUCGUCUUUAAGUGGAUUCUGUUUGGACAGCGUCCAUACUGGUGGGUCAUGGACACAGAUUACUACCGCAACACCUCCGUGCCGCUGAUAAAGCAGUUUCCAGUCACCUGUGAGACUGGACCAGGGAGUCCCUCUGGUCAUGCCAUGGGCACAGCGGGUGUAUACUACGUGAUGGUCACAUCCACCCUCGCUAUCUUCCGGGGAAAGAAAAAGCCAACCUACAGAUUUCGGUGCUUGAACGUCGCUUUGUGGUUGGGAUUCUGGGCCGUGCAGCUGAAUGUCUGUCUGUCCCGAAUCUACCUCGCCGCUCAUUUUCCCCACCAGGUUGUUGCCGGAGUCCUGUCAGGCAUUGCUGUGGCUGAAACUUUCCGCCACAUCCAGAGCAUCUACAACGCCAGCCUCAAGAAGUACUUCCUCGUCACCUUCUUCCUGUUCGGUUUUGCCAUUGGAUUUUACCUGCUGCUCAAGGAGCUGGGCGUAGACCUCCUAUGGACACUAGAAAAAGCCAAGAGAUGGUGCCAGCGGCCGGAAUGGGUCCACAUUGACACCACACCCUUCGCCAGCCUCCUCAAGAACGUGGGGACCCUCUUCGGCCUGGGGCUGGCUCUCAACUCCAGCAUGUACAGGGAGAGCUGCAAGGGCAAGUUCAGCAAAUGGUUCCCGUUCCGCCUCUGCUGCAUCGUGGCCUCUCUCAUCCUCCUGCACCUCUUUGACUCCCUGAAGCCCCCAUCCCAAGUGGAGCUGAUCUUCUACGUCCUGUCCUUCUGCAAGAGUGCGGCCGUGCCCCUGGCAUCUGUCAGCCUCAUCCCUUACUGCCUUGCCCGGGUCCUGGGCCAGCCGGACAAGAAGUCUUUGUAAGGGCCUCGGAGCCUACAGAGUUCAAGGUCAACUACUGACCGACCGUGCCAACCUCUGAGGGAGGCUAGGGUCUUCUGCCAGCCCAGAGGCCAGAGGUGCUAGAGUCAGCCCGGGGACCGCUCCCUCCUUUGCAAUUCUAAUUGUAUUGGGUGGGGGGGUUUUUGGAAAGCAAAUAAGGCUAGUUGAGAAAGCCUUAUCUUUUAGGAGUUGGGUCCUUCUGGAUUUUUCCCUGAAGACUUACUUGCUCUUCUUUGAGAUAACGUGAAAGCAAGACUUCAAGGUAGGGCCUGCUCGCCACCCAGGCUGGGGAUCUCAACUGAGAAUUUUCUACCUGUCCCCAUCCUUACGCAGAAAAGGGAAAGGAGAUAGGAGCAGUGGACUUGACAGAGAAAGAAGGAUGAUGGGUUAAGGAAGACUUUUUCAUAUCCUGCACAUCUUGUAAAUUAUGUUACACAAUAUCUAAAUGGCUUUGAUUAUAUUUGAGUCUUUAGGUAAGGCACUCUUAAUAAUGGGGGGCCAACUUAGAGUAUAAUUAAUGGGUAAUUAGUGGGGUAAUUCUGCUUCUUAUAUUUUUCUGUUAUAUAUCCAUGGUCUUUGCAUUUACUGGGAUUCCCGAAUGGCUGCAGUAACCUUGAUUUGUACGGGGUCAGAGCAUUCAGAUAUAAUCAAUUUCUCCUCUAUCACACUAGAUCUCCCUCCUUGUUAGCCCAGCUCUGCUUUCCCUAGAAUUUUCCACUGGCUCCACAUCCUGUCAGAUACAGAGAUGCCUAAAAGCAGCUCUGGGGCAGUGCUUGUGUAUGGUUUAGUUAAACUCUGAAAUCUUGGACAAAAAAGCGAGGAGAGGGCAAGGAGAGGCAAGGAAUCCUCUCCCCAGAAGGUCACUCCAAUGUUACUUUUGAUUCUUACAGGGUAAAUAUGACUCCUUUCUCUAUCCCAAGACAACCAAAAGCACAUUCUUA